CUCCGGAUUUUCUGGUCGUGAUCACUAAGGUUAACCAGGUGGAUAUAUAAACGUUUGACCAUUAGCUUGCAACGAGCGUGCGUGUGAAGCGCAUCUGAUACUCUCUGCAGGUCCUUGGAGCCACUCCGGAAGAGAUAGGGCCAUGCCUGCCAAAGUAAUUGCCUUGCUUCUUGUUGGCCUCGUGUGUGGUCAGCGAAUCGAAGAUCCCAUCGGGCCUCCGCGGCCGUACACGUUUUCGUACGAUAUCACGAACGACUUCGGGACUCGACUGAGCCAGACGGAGAGCGGGGACGAGAACAACGUCAAGACGGGCACGUACUCUUAUUCAGAGGCAACUGGCAUUUUCCGGAAUGUAAACUACAUCGCCGAUAAGGAUGGAUUCCGUGCUACCGUCGACACCAAUGAACCGGGCACGAAGUCAUCCGCGCCAGCUGACGUUGUCAUCAACUCCCAGGCCUCCGAUGUAGCACCACCUGCAGCGACCAUAACUAACAGACCAGCCGCAUUCGUCACCGCCCCAGCGCCACGUCCGAGGUUUGUGUCGCAGAGUUUCCCGCAGGCUCCGCGGUUUGUGGCACCCGUCACCAUUGCCCGGUCAGCUCCCCUGCAAUUCAGACCGCCAAGAACCGCUGCUAGAUUCGCUGCUCCAGGGGCAGCAUCCGCCUCUUUUAGGCCCGGUGGCGCGAGCUCCGCGUCUUUUACGCUUGGCAACAACCCGCCACUCAGCUACACACUCCGUAGAAGCCGAUAAUCACUCAUUUUAUACGCCUGCAGGAGCAGUAUACAAUGCAACCACAUCAUACUGCGCUGUGAACUGUGAUCAUUGUGUGCUUCCAAAGGGUGACGCUACGCUUGUUGCACCGUGCGCAUGCAUGGAGGCUGUAUGGUCGCAUUUGUUGUAUCUUUUUCCACCUGCUCUCGACUGCGAUCGAAUUUUUAAGAUCGUGCCUGAUGCUUUUUCUAUAUCAACAAGGUAUCAGAAGCGCCAAUGUUUAACAAGGCGCUCCUGGUAACUUUUGCAUCUCUAUAACCCCCAGUCUUAUCAAAACAAACAAACACACACACUUCAAUAUCAAGCUUUUGCAGAAGAUCGCGAUCCGGUUUGUACGCAAACCUUGCUCAAUAAAGGUGUUUUUGCAAUGC